AUGCAAUCUGGAACUCGACUUCGGCACCUGUUCUGCACCAUUCUCCUUUUCUGCGCACCUGCCCGGCCCGAGACCCUCUGGGACGAGUUCAGAGAACACGUCUGUGAUGAUCUCGCUUAUCGUCUGCGCUGCGCCGGAAGAAUGCACGUUCGACAGGAGGAUGUGUACGACUAUGGCCUUCAC